ACAAACAAACAGGGUAUGAAGGAAGGAGACAGCCGUAAGUUUGAGAUGUGGUACGGCAAGCCUGACUCUUCAGAACGGUACACAGUACAGGCCAAGACCAUCUACGUGAAGCAGGCCUGGGUGAAGGAGAUCAGAGACAUCUUAGACAAACACUCACAGGAGGCACAAGAUGUGAAGUCUGCAGUUGAAGCCAGAAUAUCAGCGAUGGAAAGCACCAGCUCCCUUGGCUCCUCCAUUGACACCCCCAGCACCCCGACAACGCCCUCCAGCUCUGGGAGCAGACAGAGGCACGUGUCAGGACCGAGCCCUCGCCGCCGCGGCAGUAACGUCUUCAGCGAGACCAGCUUCGACUCCCUCAUACAUGCUGCUGAGACCCUUGUAGUUGGAGGCUUGUAUGAAGUGUUGGAGACCGUCAUCGUGGACGGGACGGACGAGUUAGAACUGCACAAGGGCGAACAGGUCAAGGUCGUCAGGAGCGGGGGCGACGACUUCUACCUCGUGGAGCCUUUAACAGAUAAAGGGGAGUUGGCUGGAGAGAGGGGCUGGGUCCCAGGCUACCUGCUGAAGAAGACAGGAGGAAAAGAGAUGGCUGACGAUGCCGCCCACUUCGUGACGCCGCUCCGAGAGCUCACACACAGGGAGGGGGAGACCGCCACCUUCUCCUGCCAGUUCGCGGGAACUAAACCCAUCGUCGUCUCGUGGUUCCACGACGGCGUCACCGUGGAGACCGGCGACAGGCUGUCAGUCAUCACCACUGCGCAGCAAAGCUCGCUGCUGAUUGGUCGAACCUUGCCAACGGAUUCGGGGAGAUACGAGUGUGUGAUCAGUAAUGAAGCUGGGACGGAAACUAGCCUAGCAGAGCUGGAUGUCAGGCAGAACAUCUUGCCGCAGCUGGAGCAUCUUGACUUUGUGUCGGCAGAAGUGGGCGACACGGCGGAACUCUGGGUCAUCUUCUCGGGGAGCCCCACACCACAGGUCAGGUGGACACGGGACGACAAGAGCCUGAACACCUGCGACAAGUUCACCAUCACCGAGAAGGACGACAGAACGUGUUUAGCGGUAAACGACGCGGAUUUACCGGACGCCGGAGAGUACACGUGUGAAGUGACGAACGUUGCCGGGACCGUGGUCGGCGCGGUGAGGCUGAAAGUCGAGGCUCUUAACGACGAGCUUCUAACGGACGAUUCUGACGACUUCACCUCCGACAGCUACUCUUCGUCAGAUAACGAGAUGGAUAACGAUGCGUCAAACGGACUCCAGGAUGAGGAACCAUGGGAAGACGAGGUUUUUCCGCCAGAGGGUUACGAACACGACAACAACAACGAACCCCAGCAACCGCCAACUUUCGGACGUAAGUCACCAAACAAUGCUUCUCAGUCUCAGUACUAGUCAGUAUUUUACUGUCUGUGAUCCUUGUAUUGUUGGGUAUUCAAAUCCAACUUACUCAAGACUUUCCGUAACGCCUUUCUUGGACAUAUACAUUCUUGAGUUCACCCAUUUCCUUACAUACUUGUCAUACCUUACAAGAUGCUUUCACUGCCAAAGCUUUGUCUGAAAUGGUUUCAAUCUUGCCUUUUGGAUCAACUUCUUCUAACUGUUUAAUAAAAAAUUUCUUGAGAUUUCUAAA